AUGAAUAAAUAAGAGAAAAGAAAGUUACCUAAUCACUUAUAAUAUGAUACUGUAAGUCCUGCCACUAAAUUACUUGAGAAGAGAAGAAAAAUGUACGAGGUGCAUGAGGCAUUUGAAGCACAAAGAGAGGAAUUCAAAAAAUAGGAAGAUAAGUUUAAGUUGGAGGAGGAAAAGAUUAGAUAAAAGGAUAUGGAAAUUUAGGAGUCUUUAAUUAAAUUUUGCAAAUUUCUAUAGGAUAAUGAAGCAAAGAAGAAGAGAGCUGAAGGGAGAUUAGAGGAGGAACGAAGAUAAAAAUUAUAGAAAGAGAAAGAAAUCUAGGAUUUGAAUGGGUAGUUGUAGGAGCUGGAAAAGAAAUAAUAAAAACUCGAGAAGAAGGUUACUUCAAUGAAAAAAUAUGAAGAAUAUUUAGAUAGCGUUGCAAAGCAAUACCCAGAAUAGUAUCAUGAUAUGGCAUCAAUUUUAGAGAGACAUAGCACAUUAUCGAGUUAGAAUUAAAAAUUGGUUGAAGAGCAUUAAUUAAUGGAAAAAACUUAUGAAACAGAAAAAUAUGUGUCAACCCAAACUGAGAAGGAUAAGAAUCACGAAAUUCUAUAAUUCAAUAAUGAUAUUAAAGAACUUCAAAAAAAAUUAGAAGAAAAGAUAGUCGAGAGAAAUUAAUUGCAAUAAUUGGUUGAGGCAUCAGCGAAUGAAGCUUCAUCUAAGAAUUUGAGUUUGGGAAGAAUUCUAAUGGCUAUUGAUAAUUUAUUUAAUAGGUGUUAGGAGGGAACCUAGAAGAUCAAACAUGAAUUGGAAGAAGCUAAAUAGGAUAACAACAAAAAGGAUGAUAAAAAAACAAAGAAAGAUGAUAGUAAGAAGUAAUAGAAUAAGGAUGAAUAUAAGGUAGAAGAGGAGGACAAUUAUGAAGUUAAAAGUUAAUAGGCUAUGUAGAAAUUAAAAAUUAUAUCUUUGUACUUGAAUGAUUUUAAAAAGAUUAUUUAAGGAUGCAAAGAAGACUAUAAAAAAGCAUAAAAUAAAUGA